AGCCUGAAAACCCGGAGCACUGUCAUGCGUAGAUCCAAAGUCAGCUUCAGCCUUACAAACUAGCGUGGGCGGCGUUUUCCCUUCAUGUAAAUUGCUUAAUUUUGUUCGGUCUUUUGCAUCUCUGUCCGAGAGGCCAGUAGUGAGUGUAAAUCCUGUCUCUUAUACAUUAGGCUACUUCGUCUCUGCGAUUGAAUGUGCUUGUGGUCACUCAGCCAGUGGCGGAGUCACAUGCUGCAACGUCACGAUGUAGUUAGUUACUGUAGUUGCGAGGAAUGAAACCUUCAUUCAAAGCUACCGAAGUCUCUCAACGCGCAAUACCUUAUGUGCUAGCAUCCAAUCUUCUUGUCUCAACCGAUCUCCAAUGGAACCACUCAGUCAUGGGAGUCCAUUACCUCAACCAUGCAAUUUCCACCAUCAAUAAUUUAAUCUAUUUGCUCCAAAGCUGAAAAGACAACUUCAAAUUCCCGGGGAGGAGAAGGAAAAUAUAGCUUUAAAAUUACAUAGGGAGUCUUCCAAAUCCUUCCAAAUGAAACUGUCCUUUUGAUGGUCUCCUUUACGACUAGACAGUAAAAGUUCCACCAGGUGAGAAGAGUGAUGACCAUCCUGUUCCUUACUAUGGUAAUUUCGUACUUCAGUUGCAUGAAAGCUGCCCCCAUGAGAGACGCCGCCGCGAUGCGGGGGCACAGAGCAGAGGGCUACCUGGGAGCGACGGCGGCACAGAGCCAUGGGACUCUAGAGAGCGGGGGCGGGGCCCAGCGCAGGGGGCUGCCGUCACUCACGGACACAUUCGAGCAGGUGAUCGAGGAGCUGCUGGAGGUCGAGGGGGAGGCACAGCUGACCGGCAGCGGGCCCGGUGACAAGAACCAGGGGGACGUCGUGGCGGAGUCCAAAGACGUCGACUUGUACGCGUCGCGGGUGAUGAUCAGCAACCAAGUGCCUUUGGAGCCACCACUUCUCUUUCUCUUGGAGGAAUACAAAAACUACCUGGACGCAGCCAACAUGUCCAUGAGGGUUCGACGACACUCUGACCCGUCACGGCGUGGAGAGCUGAGCGUGUGUGACAGUAUUAGCCAGUGGGUGACGGCCGUGGAUAAAAAGACGGCUAUAGACAUGUCUGGGCAGACAGUCACAGUUCUGGAGAAAGUCCCGGUGCCCAAUGGCCAACUGAAGCAAUACUUUUACGAGACCAAAUGCAACCCAAUGGGAUACACAAAAGAUGGCUGCCGGGGAAUAGACAAGCGUCACUACAACUCGCAAUGUCGGACAACCCAGUCGUUCGUGCGGGCGCUCACCAUGGAUAGCAAAAAGAAAAUCGGUUGGCGAUUUAUAAGGAUAGACACUUCCUGUGUAUGCACAUUGACCAUUAAAAGGGGAAGAUAGUGAAUGAAAUGUAUAGAUUUUAUUGCGAGUAAGAAAAAAAGAAAAGAGAAAAUAUCUAUUUGUAUAUAUACUUAACAGGGUAAAUUAUUCCGUCAAAUGAAAAAUUUUAUGGACUGCAUGUAAAAAAGAUGAAGUUUAUACAGUAAAAGUGAUACUACAGUCUAUUUAUUGAACAUAUUCAUGACCUUGUAAACAAUUAAAAAAAGAUCUAAUCAGU